AUGCCGUUACACGCGGAUCCUAGUUCUCUGUUCGAAUCUACCGAACUCACAGAAAUCGAGUCUCCUUUGGGUUCUAUCAGCGAUAACACAGGUAUUGCUAUACCUAUCGAUCGUCGUCGGCUACUGCGCAUGGGUAAUCGCAAGGAAAUGCUGAUCUUCGUUGCGAGUGAGACAAGCCACGCUACUAAUGGAGUUGCAUUUCAACUCGAGGAGUGCGGACCUUACGGCGAUGACCGUGUCAGUCAAAGUCGGAGGAAUUGCCCGCAACGAGCUCUGCUGAGAGCUGUGAUCGCCGCACUUCAAUUUCAUGACUGGGCCAAAGAAGGACGAAAAAGACUGGUUAUUGCGACGGACUCACAUUGGCUUUGUAAUGAGUUGAAGCAAGUCCAGUUGUGGAAAAUGGAAGACCGUUUGUCAAAGGAGGAGGGGCUGGAUGUUCGGUGGUGGGAGGUCAAGACUAAGCACCUUGAACAUGCCCGCAAAGUUGCAAAGGAUGGAAAGGUUUCGAAGGCUAGGAAGGAUUUCAUGGCUUAUCGGGGAUGGCUUUGUGCACGCGGUAGCACCUGA